AUGAACUUUCCUACCAUCAUACCCAGCGACUCGGGGGUCGCCUUUCCCAUAGCUUUGCUAUUCAUCACUGUGGCGGUUUACUCCAUUGCGAGAGGCGCUAUUUGGCGAAGCAAACCAUCGCGGUUCUGGUCAUCUCAGCCCAAUAUAGGGCUCAAGAAACAACCAUUUAGUUGGUUUUUGGGAACAAUGCGGUCGGCCACCCGCAUAAAAUUCUGGGCCAGAGAGGGCUACGACAAGUACUCGAGAAACAACAUUCCCUUCACUAUUCCAACAAUGGACCGUGGUCGCUUGGUCGUCAUCCCCCGACAGCAGAUCAAGCAGGUAUACGCCCUAACGGAUGGUGUUCUGGAUGUACAUGAAACCCAGGACGAGAACCUGCAAAUGAAAUAUACAGUUUGGGAUAAAGAUGUUAUAGAGGAGAGGCUCCAGGUCAAUGUGAUUCAUCGCCAGCUCAAUCACAACCUGGCUCAUGUAACGGGCUCUAUCUACGACGAGACUGAUUUCGGCUUCCGACGCAUGUGGGGGACGAGUGGCGAAUGGACAGAUGUGAAGGUUUGGGACACGUCUUUACGCAUCAUCGCUGGCGCAGCAAACGGUGUUUUCUGCGGCAAGCCGCUUUGUCGCAACACCGAAUUUCUGGACGCGUUACGUGAUCACGCAAUGGGCAUCUUUGGUAGUGCCAUCGUGAUAGGGUGCACACCAAACAUGUUGAAACCAAUCCCUGGCGUACUGGCUUCAUACGUUUGCCAUUACUUGUUCCGACGAGCUGCCAAAAUGGCCCUGCCCUUCAUCAAAGAGCGUCUAGACGCCACCGCGAAGCACAAGGCCAACCCCGAGUCUGGUUGGGUCCCGCCGAACGAUGGCCUGCAGUGGAUUAUCGAUGAGUGCUAUGGUAGUAAAAGAGACUCACAGCUGAACCCAGUCCGGGUCUGCCACCGUCUUCUUCUCAUCAACGAUGUCUCGUUGCACACUACCAGUUUCACUAUGCAAGACUUCAUCUUAAACCUAUUCAGCACAAACUCUUCGUUUGGCUAUGUUGAAAUACUGCGGGAGGAGUGCGUGGCGGCCUUGGAGGAAUCAGGUGGUCGAUGGGAUCGAUCCGCCAUUGACAAGCUCAGGCUCGUUGACUCCGCAAUCCGAGAAUCGAUGAGGCUCUCCCCUGUCGGUCAAAUUAUGCUGCCGAGAAAAGUGAUUCACCCCGACGGCCUAGUUUUGGAUAAUGCCAAAGACCCCGUACCAUUUGGCACAGAUGUGUCCGUGCCCAUCGAGCCAAUCCACCACGACGAAUCAAUAUAUGAGAAUGCUCUUAGCUAUGAACCAUUCCGAUUCGCCCCUAUAGACGCUGUAGAAAAGGUUUUGGGCCGCUUCUCCGAUGAACAGAGGGCGAGUUUCAAAGGAAACAUGGGCACGUCUGUCGACAUCCAACGGAAGCCAAAGCCUAGGAUGACGGUGGUGCUGGACGAGACUUUCCUUGGAUUUGGUGUUAGUGGCAAGCAUGCAUGCCCCGGAAGAUUCUUUGCUUUGGUAGAGAUGAAGUUAUUCGUGGCUUACCUGCUGUUGAACUACGACAUCGAAUUCCUGAAGGAGAGGCCAAAGCCGGUCAGCGUUCUCUGGCUGAACCAUCCAUCGGGGGCUUCUGUGCGAGUUUGUAGAAGGACAAGAGUGUGA